UUUCCAACAUCUAAUAAUAACAAUAGAUUGUAUUAAAAAGCAAAUUGAACUUUUGCCUGGACGUUUGCCUGCCUGGUUCGACCAGGUUCGGUAGGGUUUAGUUCAUGUGGGUUUUACUGAACCAGAAAGAACCGAACUGCUUCCGGUUGAUCUGGAAAGUCGCUCUCUGCCACAUGAGGAAAGGAAUUGGAGGUGAAUUUGGUUUUGGUCUGAAUCUCCCAGCCGAACCAUUAACCAAGUUAAACCCGGUUCAAACGUUUUAUCGGUUGUAUUGUGGCUUUUAUUUUGACAGUCUGCCCCUUAUGUUCGCUCUAGAGUUGUUGAAUGAUAUUAUUUUGAAAUCCCCGACGGAAAUAUGCUUGAGACACUUCCGCUAGCGUUGCACCGGUCCAAAAAACUGCAGCCCCGAUCGGUGCGGAUAAUCCGGGUCCAGUGGGCCGGGAAGCCGCCGAAAUGAGCCCGAGGAGCAGCUAGCGGACCCCGGGAAGGCCUUGAGAUGCUCUCUCGCCCGCUGACAGAGACCAGGGGGCGUGACCCGACAGCAGAAGCCCUGCCCACUGAUCUCCCAUUGGCCGAUGCAGAUGAGGCUCUUGCAGGUGGUUUUGUCUCUCUGUUGAUUUGUGCGUCCACAGGUAAAGGUGUUGACUCCAGCUAUUCACCUGCAGGAGGCCCCGCCCCCCCGGCCCCUCCCUGCUGCUCCUGCGCCUCCCUCUUGCCCCGCCUCCUGGCAGCUCACCGCAUGGAGGUGCGGCGCCUCCUGCGAGGAGCUUUGUCAUCGCUCGGCCGCCGCCUGGACUCUCUGGAGAGGAAGAGGAGGAAGAAGAGGAAGGAGGGAGGAAGAGGAGGUCCUCCUAGUGUCACCUGCAGCUCCUCUUCCUCAUCUGCAUCGUCGCCUCAUGUCGUCACUUCCUCUUCCACUUCAUCAGACCUGAUGAAGUGGAAGUGCAAUCCUUCCUGCAGCUUCAGCCUAUCAGAGAAGAGUAGGAGGGGCAGUGAAGGAGAGGAGGUGAGGAGGAGGAAGAGGAGGAGAAGCCAUGAAGGCUUUCUUCCUCCAGGGAAUGAAGAGGAGGAAGAGGAGAGGUUUGUGGGUCAGAUGGCGGUCUCCGUCAGAGGAAGAGGAGGACCUGAGGAAGAAGAGGCAGAGCAUCUCGUCCUCCAUGACUUCAACCAGAGGAAACGCAGACGAAGGGUCGGCCAAUCAGAGCAGGGCUUCAGCGAGCUGCUGAAGAAGAACGGCUACAGCUCCCAGCAUGCACUGCUUCCUGUGCAGGCAGCUGUGAUUGGCCAGACCUGCGGCCAAUCACAAGGCCUCGCUGUGUUACCGGGACAGUGGACGUUCUCUGACAUCAUCACGCACCUGUCCUCCAACCGGACCCACCUACAGCCAUGGCUCCAGAACCCCGCCCCCGUGCUGCACCUGUCUGCCGUUGCCAUGGAGACAGUGUUAGACUGGGUGAAGGGCGGAGCUUGUUGGAAUCCUCUGCGUCCUCUGAGGGACUGGACGGCACCGCCCAGUUUGGACAGCGACCACAGCUACAUAAGAAGACCGAUGACCAGCUCUACAGGUUCUCCUCAGGGUCAUCACAGGCUGCGGUCCAAUCACGGUACCUGGAGCCUGUGGUUGCCAAGGCAACGAGCCUUGGCACUGAAUUUAUGUUCAGCCAAUGGGCUGUCUGCUGCCCUCCCUGCUGACCAAUCAGCAGCGCUCUCAGAGUUUCACAGCACAAAUGCGAAGCUCAGUAAACGAGUAUCGCAGAUCAGAAUACGGCGUGCGUUGCCACGGGAGACGCCUCUCACACCAAUGGGACUGCCCAAAGCGAAACGUUUGAAGAAGAAGGAGUUCAGCCUGGAGGAGAUCUACACCAACAAGAACUAUGAGGCCCCGCCCAACAUCAGGAGCCUGGAAACCAUAUUUGAGGAGCCUCGGGAGAAGGAUGGAGCGCUGCUCCUGAUUGGCCAGCAGAAACGUCGCCGGCUCCUCCUCUUCCCUGACUUCACUCAGCCCAGGAAGAGGAAGAAGCCCCAAGGGGUGGGUCUUCCUGUUUCCUUGGCGCCCAGAAAACGAGGCGCAGUGCGGCGACACGUCCAGGGCGGCGGGCUGGAUGACGGCAGCGACGUGGACGUGAUGCUGGUGGAGCGGCUGAGCGAGCUCGAUGACUUCCUGACUCAGCAGGGCCUGGACGUGUGACAUCAUUUCCUGACAGCUGACUAAAUGGACACACCAACGGUGACGGUGUGAAGGGGUGAAUGGAGACAUGUCUGCAGAGGCUGAGCCUUGGAUCAGGCUCCGCCCCCUACAGAUACACCUGUGGACAGAAACCUCAUCCAGCUGCCAGUCUCUGCAGUACCCUGUAGUACUCUGUAGUACCCUGUGGUACUCUGUAGUACCCUGUGGUA